CCUUUCUCUGUCCACUCUUCUUUCUUUCUUUCCUUUUUUUCAUUCAUUCUUUCCUCCAAACGCGGCAUUCACCCACUUUCUACUCUCUCUCUCUCUCUCUCUCUCUCUCUCUACUUUCUUAGAUUGAUUCUUCACAUAUAACACUGUAAAGUAUAAACACUCAAAUUAUCCCUAAUUUCACUUCAUUAUUAUUUCACUGCAUACUCCGAUCAUGCUACGAUUAUGCUAUAGCCCUUUCGAUUGUUGCUUCCGGCGACGCGUCGGCGGCUCUGAUAGCCUUCUCUGGCACACUGACCUCAAGCCUCACUUCUCCGGUGACUUCUCCAUCGCCGUCGCUCAGGCCAAUAACAGCCUCGAAGAUCAGAGCCAAGUCUUUACCUCCCCCUCCGCCACCUACAUAGGCGUCUACGACGGCCACGGCGGCCCCGAGGCUUCCAGAUUCGUCAACAAGCGUCUCUUACCCUAUUUGCACAAAUUCGUCUCUGAACAAGGGGGAUUGUCAGUGGAUGUCAUAAAGAAGGCGUUCAGUGCGACGGAGGAGGAGUUCUUGCAUUUGGUGAAGCUGUCUUUACCAGUUAGUCCCCAGAUUGCUUCAGUGGGAUCAUGCUGCCUUCUUGGCGCAAUUUCUAAUAAUGUGUUGUAUGUCGCUAACCUUGGAGACUCGAGAGCUGUUCUUGGCCGGAGGGACACAGAGAGCAAGAAUUCUCCUGUGGUGGCACUGCGGUUGUCCACGGAUCAUAAUGUAGCUGAUGAAGAGGUGAGGCGAGAAGUUGAAGCCCUCCACCCUGAUGAUUCGCAUAUUGUGGUCUAUACUCGUGGAGUUUGGAGGAUUAAGGGCAUUAUACAGGUGUCAAGAUCAAUUGGUGAUGUCUAUUUAAAGAGACCUGAUUUCUUCAGAGACCCAGUUUUUCAGCAAUUUGCAACUCCUAUUCCCUUGAAGCGUCCUGUAAUGACGGCUGAACCAUCGGUCAUAAUUAGGGAGCUUGAAACAGAAGAUCUAUUUUUGAUAUUUGCAUCAGACGGCCUAUGGGAACAAUUAAGUGAUGAAACAGCAGUUGAGAUUGUUUUCAAAUAUCCAAGAGCUGGAAUUGCCAAGAGACUAGUGAGAGCUGCACUUCAGGAAGCCGCAAAGAAGAGAGAGAUGAGAUAUGAUGACAUAAAGAAAAUUGACAAAGGAAUCAGACGACACUUCCAUGAUGAUAUAACUGUCAUUGUAAUCUAUCUUGAUCACCAUGACAGCUCCUCCUCUAAUGGAAGGUUUAAGCAAAGUGCUGUUGGCUGCACAACUGCCCCUAUUGAUAUUUUUUCCCUAAAUGCGGAUGAAGCAGAGAAGAGUAUGCUUGGUGCGAUGGCCUAAGAUGUGCAAUUCCUUCAAAGAAUCAUACACUGACAUCAUUUGGGAUAAAAGUUAUUAAUUGGCGAAGAUUGGUAAAUGAAAUGAAUUCUUACCUAAGAUGCAUAGUAUUAUCAGAUAUAGUAGUAACUGGAACUGCUGACAGAUUCGUGCAGAUGCGGAUAAGCAUAUGUAUAGUUUAAGUCUUUUUCCUUUCUUUUCUUUUCUUUUCUUUUUUUUUUU